AUGAGCUGGACGAUUAGAUGCUUACUCUUCCUAAGCGCUGCUUUAGCAGUGCAAGGGUUUCCCAUGAGAGAAAACGAUGUGAUAUUCCAUCUGUUUACAAGGGACAACCCCACUAGAAGCCAGCCUCUACUGCCUUCCAUUGCGUCGAUAUCAAUGUCAUUAUUUUCAAACGCGCGCAAAACUAUAAUAGCUAUUCAUAGCUACGAAGAUAACGUGGAAGGAAAUUUCGCUGCUUUCGUGGUACCAGCUCACCUCGCCGCAGAGAAUGUCAACGUCCUCGCUGUUGACUGGCGCCACGGCUCUUUCGGGUAUUCAGCAGGUGUCGCAAAUGUACCUCAACUCGGUGACCUUAUUGCCAAGUUUGCCGACCUCCUCAGCGACAAUUUCGGAUACAGCGCCAACAUGAUUCGGAUCGUUGGUGUUGGUCUAGGAGCCCAUGCUGCUGGGGUGGGAGCGCGCAAGAUUAAGGGCAACGUUCCCCAUAUAGUAGCUUUGGACCCGCCAUUAUUAGGCUGGAGUCUCAACCCCAACAAGUUAAGUAAGAAUGACGCAGAUCUAGUCGAAGUAUUACAUACGACCGCCACCAAUUACGGUUACGGCGAUCCAUUGGGUCACGUCGACUUCUAUGCCAAUGGAGGUCGGGCCCAGCCCAUGUGCGGAGACAACACACCCUGUUCACACGCGUACGCUUAUGUGUUCUAUGCUGAAUCGAUCAAUGCGGAUACAGAAGGUGGCGCUAAGUUCAUCGGUACCAAAUGUGCGUCUUAUGAAGAGACUGUAGAGCAAAAAUGUACUGGGAGUCGCGACGCUACCUUUGGUGGAAUUGCUGUAAAGUCUGGUGUAUCUGGAAUCUACAGUUUUGCAACAAACGUGCGACAACCAUUCGCACAGGGAUAA